AUGCGAGUCCUCAUAAUCGGCGGCACCGGACGAUGCGGCAAGCUCGCUAUUGACGAACUACUCAGCAAAGGGCAUCAAGUGGUCGCACUGGCCCGAAACCCUUCUGCCCUUGGAGAAGCCCGGGCCGGUUUAACGGUCAUCAAAGGAACACCAACAGAAUUGUCGGACGUCAGGGCAGCAUUCCAGCCCACACCAGACGCCGUAAUUGUUACUCUAAGCGCACCCCGGGCCAGCGACAGUCCGUUCGCAGCCCCGAUCUCGCCACCACGGUUACUGACGGACUGCAACACCAACGUUCUCACCGCGAUGAAGGAGUACGGGGUGCGCAAGAUCGUCGUUCUUCAGGCAUUCGGGGUUGGCGCGUCCUGGGAUAAUAUGAGCUGUGUGCUGCGGCUGCUUAUGGGCAAGUCCAAUAUGAGCUACCAGUAUGAUGACCACAAUGCCACGGAGAAGGUGGUUAGAGGGAGUGGACUAGAUUAUGUCUUUGUCUGGCCAUCACGGCUUGUUGAGACGAAUGAAAAAGAUGUCAAGGUGUGGCCGAAGAAUGGGAAGGGGGUGCCGCUGAGUGCGACGGCGAGUCGGGUUGGCGUUGCGCAGUUCUUGGUUGAGGCUGCUGAGGGUGAUCGGUGGGAUCGGUCGGCUGCUGUUAUUACUACCAGUCCUUGA